AUGACGCGCAUUGAAACACUCGACCUCGUCAACACCACAACAGCCUACUAUGCACCGGCAACAAUAGCACCACAAAACUCCCAAGUAAUUCAUAUCGCCGGCCAGCCAGGGAGUACAGCAAAUGGCACAGUACCGGCAGACUACGAGUCCCAAAUCCACCUGGCCCUCCUGAACCUUCGCAAGAUCCUGAUCGUUGCCGGGGCGUCUGUUAAGGACAUCCUCAAACUCACAGUGUAUAUCGUGAACUAUGAUCCAAACCGACGUCUUCAUACAAGACAUAUCCAGAGGUUUCUAGGUGGACAUCGUCCAGCUAUCACGCUUGUGCCGGUUCAGCAGCUGGCCGCUCCAGGAUGGUUAUUUGAGGUCGAUGCUGUUGUCACUCGCCCAGUUCCUGCCCAGGUACCCCGUCUAUUGACUGGCACAACCCGCCGAGAAGACGUCGAUGUGAUUAUAGUCGGCGCUGGACUGGCCGGUCUCAGCGCUGCUUCGGAGCUCCAACGAGCGGGCUUGUCCUUCAUUAUCUUGGAAGCAAGAGACCGCGUUGGCGGCAAGACCUGGUCACAGGCUGUUCCUGGAGACGAGAAUGCGAUUGUUGACCUGGGAGCAGCGUGGAUGAACGGCGUCAACCAGUCCAAGGUUUACAAUCUGGCUAAGGAAUUCGGGGCCGAGAUUCUGGAGCAGAAUACCACCGGCCUGUGCGUCUUGCAGGAUGCAAGUGGUGAUUGUUCCACCUUUACUUACGGUGACCUACCCAAGUUCAAUGCUGCAACUGCGCAAGACGUCGCCCGAAUCCGCGACAUGAUCGAGGCAGAUUGCCACACUCUGGACCCUGCCAGGCCCCAGAAUACAGAGUGGGACUCAAUGACUUUCGAAGCGUACCUGCGUUCUCGCGAAGCCAGUACAGAGAGUCUCGCAACAGCUACUGUUUGGACAAGAGCCAUGCUGGGGCAGGAUCCACGGGAUAUUUCGGCCCUGUAUUUCCUCACGUACUGCAAGUCCGGCGGUGGGUUACUGCAGAUGCGAUCUGAUCGAGAGGGUGGAGGGCAGCAUCUGCGUAUACGCCAGGGUAUGCAAAGUAUUGCUAUAGGGAUUGCGGAGUCUCUCCCUAAGGAUAGUGUUCGACUAUCCAGUCCCGUUAGCAGUAUCUCACAGGAAGGAUCUUCAGGUGUUGAAGUUGUCACGGCUGAUCAAAAGACACUGCGAGCGCGAAAGGCAAUAGUUACAGUUCCCAGUCCUGUUCUUAACACCAUCUCUUUCUCGCCAAAGCUGCCGGCCCCAAAGCAGUUGUGGGCUGAGUCGUCAACAUAUGGCUACUACACUAAAGCUAUGAUGAUCUUCCGCAGGCCAUUCUGGGUUGAAAAGGGUUACUGCGGGCUUAUCCAGUCAUUCACCGGACCGGCAUCAGUAAUUCGCGAUACAAGUAGUCUGCCUGACAAGAAAUACGUGCUGACCUGCUUCAUGUCCGGCGACCCAGGUCGUGCCUGGGCAGCCCUUCCAACCGGACAACGGGAAAGAGCGCUCGUGCAUCAGAUUGGGAAGCUGUUUGAAGCUGAGACUGAAGCAGCGAGUGGGUUUGUGGAUAUGGUUACCUACGAAUGGGUGAAUGAUGCGUACUCCGGAUGGGGAUGUCCGUGUAUUGCGCUGACGCCUGGCGUGCUUGAUACUGUUGGUGGCGCUGUUAGAGAGCCAGCUGGGAAUCUGCAUUUCGCUGGAACGGAGACGGCAGUGAGGUGGAAGGGGUAUAUGGAGGGGGCAAUUGAGAGUGGUGAGCGCGCUGGUGCUGAGGUUGUGAAGGGGUUGUCGAGUACUGCGCGGUUGUAG